ACACAAUUCGUUUCUGUUUCGUUUAAAAGCUCUAUAUCAUAAGCUAUUCUUUAGGGUUUUUUUCUCUGCUUUUAAUCUUAAUUCACUGACUAAUCCUCAGGAAGUUAGUGACUGAAUAUCAUGGACAACCCAUAUUUAGAAGAUAGUCCUUCUUGUGAGCAAAGUCCGGUUGCAACCCCAUCAAAUGCUUCAACUUCUGGGAGUGCUUGUGGAAUGAAUCAGUCAGCAGUCAAGCAGAAGAAUGCGAGUGCUGAUGUUGUUGAUGGAACAAUGAGGAAAAAGGUAUCAAGAAUGCCUGGUGGGGGGCUGCGCCAGUUCAGUGUUAUGGUGUGUAAGAAGUUGGAGAGUAAGGGGAGCACUACAUAUGCUGAGGUCGCAGAUGAAAUUAUAGAAGAGUUUGCCACUGCUCAGACUAAUACAGCAAGAUCUUUGGAUGAGUUCCAUGAGAAGAAUGUUCGACGGCGGGUUUAUGAUGCAUUAAAUGUCCUUAUGGCAUUGGAUAUCAUUACAAGGGAGAAGAAGGAAAUCAGGUGGAAGGGACUUUCUACUACUACACAAGCAAAGAGUUUGGAAGAACUUAAGGCACUGCAUGUUCAGCUAAUGGCAAGGAUUGCAAAAAAAGCAGCCUAUUUGAAAGAUGUAGAAGAACAAAUUGCAGGUCUCCAGAAUAUAAUUGAACGAAACCAGCAGUUGCUCAAGAAAAGUAGUGCUCCUAAAGAAGGAUUUACAUUGCCAUUUAUACUGGUUCAAACUAGCCCACAUGCUACUGUUGAGAUUGAGAUUUCUGAGGACAUGCAACUGGUACACCUUGACUUCAACAGUACACCGUUCUCCUUGCAUGAUGACGCUUAUGUUCUGAAGUUAAUGCGCUACUACCAACGACCAGAAAGUAGAAAUACUUCACAAAGUUCUUCAAUUCAUUCAUCUUCAAGCUCUUGCAAGGCAACUAGAGUCAGCAAGCCAUUUUACUGGAAUUCUGAAACAGAGACCCCCAGAUGACAGUAUACCCGAAAGAUGAAUAGAAUCACUAUAGCCCCUAACAAACACAUGUAAAACCAAAUCCAUGGUACAUGUACAGUGUUAUUCUAUUAAAAAAUGUAAGUGAUUAUUUUGCAUCUCUUAUGAGAUCUUCUCUCAAUAUGUUUUUCCAAUAUUGGGCUGAGUGGGAGGCUGGGCUACCUGUAUUUGAGAUUUGGGAUUUUUGUGAGGAUCUAGUGGAGGAAAUGCUGAAGACUCAGGAUAAUGGUAGUAAAAUUUUUUUUAAGAUUAUGCAAGUUAUUUUAAC